AUGUUAAGUUUGACAAUAAUAUUUAAUUUAAUUAUUCCGAAAGUUUUAUUAACAAGUGCAUAUCCACGUGGACGAAAACCUAAUGCUCAUAAAUUAUUAACACGUCAGAUUUUUGAUGCUGGUGUUCAAGUUAUUGUUAAUAUUAUGGAAACUGAAGAAUUAAAAGAUUUAUACCAUAUAGAGAUACUAUUUAAUCGUGAAAUUGAAUUUAUUUCAUUUCCAAUUCGAGAUCGAUCUGUACAUCAAGAUAAUCAAUUUGUUCUGGAUUUUUGUCUUGAACUCUGUGAUCGAGUCAAACGAAGACAAGUUGCUCUUGUUCAUUGUUGGUAA